GAGGUGAAUCUCAGGAACUUGAAGUAGAGCCGAGAUGAGAAGCAGGAAGCAACAUAGUAUCAAGCUACCGAUGAAACACAUUUGUGUCAUGUGAGUAGACAUGACAGAAACAGCUUUCCUUAAAUUAUUUGUGGCAAUAGUGAUCACCUUCAUUUUAGUCCUGCCAGAAUUUUUCAAGACACCAAAAGAAAGAAGCCACGAGCUCUCCUGUCUGGAAGUGUGUUUACUGCCUAAUUUCACCUAUCCACUUUCUUCCUUCAAUUUUUCUUCUGUGGCUUUUCUGCAGCCAGCAGAAGGAACGCAGACUAUUACGGGAAUCUUUCCAAAUGACUCCAGUUUCCAAAGCUUCGCAGAGAUUUGCCAAGGCAUCACGAGUGGAUUGCCAAUGUGCUCCUUGUGUUUGGUUUGUGAAUCCAAAGGAGAUGUGGAUUUCACUUCUCAGGAACAAACAUCAAAAGGUCUUGUCAUGAAGGGAUCAAUGGAAGUGAGGGCAAGUGACUUCUACUCGCCCUGUCCAUACUUUAACAUCACCGUCGCUCUUAUAGCUGACCCAGUGAAGGAAGACAACACCACCUGCGCCCUGGAAACCCACCCUGGAAAAGCCACAACCGUAGACGAAGAUCCAGCCAGGGAAAAGUCUCUCAAUCACAUUUGUAGAUUUAUGAAAAAUACGAACAACUGCACUCACAUUUACUUGCGCCUAGAAAUGGAUGUAAAAUCUGUCACUUGCUCCAUGAAGAUCACUUGGUACAUUUUAGUGCUGUUAGUUUUUAUGCUAGGUAUCAUCUUUAUUAUCUACAAAAUACUUGAAGACCACAGGAGAGUGCAGAGACAGCAGAGUCGUAAGUACAGAUCUGCGUGUGUCCUCUUAAGAGGGGGUGACUCUGGGAAGCUGAGCACUUGGGACAUGAGGGUCAUUCCAGAGUCCACUCAAAGGUUACCCUUAGUGCGGGUCAUGGAAGCGCUUCCUCCGAUACCAGAGCUUGAAGUCGCUUCUGCUGUGCACCAGCAAGAUCAGUACACACGCUCCCAGCCUGCCUCUUCCAGCUGUGUCCGUGGGGAGAAACGUCUUCAGUCACAACACAAAGUUCAUUGCUGCUCAGUGCUUUCAGUGGUCCAAGAUCCAGAUGUGGAACUCUCAACUUCUCCAGCAGCAUGUCUGCCUGUGUGUUACCGUGCUCCCCACCAUGACGAUGAUGGACUAUACUUCUGAAACUGGACUACAUCCGAAUACCCAGCACAAGUACCUGAUGCAAAAACAUACCCAGUGUUUGCCAGUGAACAAAGAACUCAAGGAACACCCACAUCAAGAUAGCAGAAUCAAGAAACGGUUUCUUGGAGGAGGAGACACAGGUAUCUGCAGAGACCCGAAGAGGAUGUCGCAUCCCUGAGACCUGGUGUUACAGGCAGGUGUGUGCUGCCCAGCACCAGAGCUGGAAACUGUACUCUGCUCCAUUGUCUGAGAACGUAUGAGCUCUGAACCACUGAACCGUCUCUCCCAUAAAUAUAUUUUCAAAGCACGUUUGUGGGCUGACUGGAUGGAUCUGUGAUUAAAUAAAUGACAAACACAGGUUCAGGGAAAUCAA